AUGCUCUGUUUCGGCUUGGUUUUGCUCUGCCUGCAUCACGUCGCAGGAUGCAAUGAGAAACGAGUCGUGCUUUACUCGGAGGUCAACUGUCGUAAGCACGUCGCGAAUUUGACCUAUUUUGGAGGGAUAGGAGAUGGGAAAACUUCCAACACGAAAGCAUUUAAGGCGGCCAUUGGUUACCUUAGCACACGUGCCUUGCAAGGUGGGGCCAUGCUCGUUGUCCCGAGAGGGAGAUGGCUGACGGGACCGUUUAAUCUCACUAGCCAUUUCACGUUGUACUUGGACAACGGUGCUGUUAUUCUAGCAUCUCAGAAACAAUCGGAUUUUCCUUUAAUCCCUCCAUUACCUUCGUAUGGAAGAGGAAGAGAUGCUGUCGGACCGCGGUUUGCUAGUCUUAUAUCGGGAACAAAUCUUACUGAUGUCGUAAUUACAGGAGCAAAUGGAACUAUAGAUGGUCAGGGAAAACCUUGGUGGGAAAGUUUCAGGAAUAAAGCUCUUAAAAACACAAGGCCAUACUUGAUUGAAAUCAUCUUCUCUAAUCAGGUGCAAAUUUCCAAUAUUACCCUCCAAAACUCUCCUUCAUGGCAUCUCCAUCCUACAUAUUGCGAGAACGUCAUCAUUCAGAACAUUACCAUUCUUGCCCCUGUCGAUUCGCCAAACACGGACGGCAUCAAUCCAGACUCGUGUAAGAACACGCGCAUAUGGGACUCGUACAUCGUCUCGGGAGAUGACUGCAUCGCAGUCAAGAGCGGGUGGGACGAAUACGGGAUCAAAUUCGGGAGGCCAACCGAGGCCCUUAGCAUCCAAAGGAUCACGUGCAUCUCUCCCACCUCGGCCACCAUUGCCCUCGGCAGCGAAAUGUCGGGCGGAAUCAAAGACGUCCGAGCCCAACACAUCUACGCCUUAAACACCGAGUCGGCAGUGCGGAUAAAAACGUCCCCCGGGCGUGGAGGCUAUGUCGAGAAGAUAUUCGUUCGGAACGUGUUCUUGAAAACGAUGAAGUACAUUUUGUGGAUGACUGGCGGGUAUGGGCAGCACGCGGACGAUAAAUACAACCCGAACGCGUUUCCUAUAGUGAGAAAUAUAAACUAUAACAAUAUUGUAGCGGAGAACGUGACCAUGGUUGGGAACCUUUCCGCGAUUGCGAAUGACUCGUUUACCGGAAUUUGCGUUUCUAACUUGGUUGCUACGAUGGCCAAGACGAAGAAGAAGCCUUGGGCGGCUUGUGAAUAUAUUAAGGGUACUUCGAGAAAUGUGACGCCCCCGGCAUGUCCUGAGUUGGCUGGGAGUAAGACUAUUUGCCCUUUCCCCACAGACAGUCUGCCGAUCGAGGAUGUCAAGUUGCAAAAUUGUGAAAAUUAUGUUUGA